UGGGGCGGCCGAGCCAUGGCUGUGCCCGCAGCGGCUCCGCUGCCCUGCCCGCUCCUCCUCGCCGUCUGCUGGGUGGUGGCCGCGGCGACGGCGGCAGGAGCAAAAGUUCUUCCAUCUCCAUCCAACUUGAACUAUUCAUUGACCCAUAUCUGUACUCUGACCUGGACAUGGAACCCUCCAGAGAACAUCAGCAGUAGCUGCAACCUGGAGUAUUCCAGUGACAUCGUCAUUAACGGGGUUCCUGAGGACAGAAGAGAAUGGAGUAAAAGCCGAUUCCGUGUGACGGACGCGCACUUGAAUGAGGAAAUGCGCCUCAGAGUGAGAAGUGAGUGCAAGAAUGACAACACCAGUGAGCCCAGCCCCUGGGUGGAGACCUCCCUCCUGCCAAAAGGUAUUCCAGGUACUGCUGCUGUUGACUUGGGCUGUGUUUGGCACAAUCUGGAGUACAUGGCUUGUACCUGGCAUCGUGGGGAGAAUGCAAGCAGUGACACCAACUACACUUUGUUCUACUGGUUUGAUGGCUUGGAAAACCCUAAGAGCUGUAGCAACUCCUCUGUAGAUGGAGAAAUCUUUGAAUGCAUUUUCAAUCUUACCUUCCCAAAAGACCGGAGAACUUAUCCUGAUAUAAGUAUUUUGAUAAGAGGUGAUUCUGAAGAAGUUAGGCCUGUGUGUGCAAGUAAAAAUCCUACCACACUUGUAAAACCUGCCAUACCAAGACAAUUGACAUUGUCAAAGACUAAUGAUAGAAUUGAUGUAAAGUGGAGUGAAUCAGAAACUUUUCCAAAAAGUUGUUUGCAGUAUGAAGUUAAGUGUUCCAGUGGUGAUUUGGACACUGGUCAGAUCAUUGCAUCUGAAAGGAAUUCUGUGUCAAUUCCUGGCAUUGAUGCUAACAGCAAGUACAGCUUCAGAGUGAGAGCAAAGCCAAAGCGGGAGUGCUACAACAGCCAUCUCCAAAGUGACUGGAGUGAGGAAAAGAGCAUUGGUGAGAAGAGGGACUCUACAAUCUAUUUUGUUCUGAUAAUUACCAUUCCAUUAAUAGUAGCAGUAUCUACAAUAAUUCUACUGGUUUAUCUAAAAAGGUUGAAGAUAUUAAUUCUUCCACCAAUUCCGGACCCAAGAGAAAUUCUUAAGCGCAUGUUUGGAGAGCAGAACGAGGAUUCCCAGAGCUCUGCAAAGGAUGACCCCACGAAUGCUUUUGACAGGUUAAUUAUAGAAGAAGAAAUUCAUUCUUUAAUUUUAACAGAAACUUCAGAGAGCUCUAAUCCUGAAAAAGAAAGCAGGUAGACUCUGCUUUAUCAAUGAUUCCUGCUCCUGUACCUCAGGUGACUGUAGAUGUGAAGAGGCCUGUGAGGCACUGGCCAGCUCUUCCUUCCCUGAAGAUGCAUCACUAACAGUGGCUGUUCUUCCAUCUCUGCCAGAAAUACCCAUCUGAGCUCAGUCAGGAUGAGCAUGUGUGUAAUCCCAUGGGACUGCAUUCUGGGUUCCCUGCUCUGGCUUCAGCCAGCUCUGCCCUGCAAUUGUUACUGCCACUUGCACUUGUGUUUGUGCCUCACACCACAC